AUGACUGCGAACAUCCAUCAAGAAAAAGAUCUAUCGGGUAUAGCCCAUGAUCCGUCUCUAUCAGGCGAGAACAAGGCGGACGCCUACCUCUCAACCGCAUAUGAUGUAGAGGCGGGCAUCAACGUUGUCGAAGGCGACGAAGCUGCCGAUAAAAAUUAUACUAAUAUUCCUGAAGGGGUCGAUCCUGCAUUGGUCCGGGACGAGAAAGUACAUCGUGGUUUAGCCCAAAGACAUAUUCAGAUGAUCGCCCUUGCCGGAGCAAUAGGUACCGGCCUCUUCCUCGGGUCUAAUAUGCUUAACCGGUGGUGA